ACGAGUCUGCUCCUCUGUCACGUGUGUAGCAAUUCCCUUCUUCCAUCUCAAUAUCUCCCUCUCUCCCUCUCCCUCUCCCUCUCUCCCUGGUAUGGCCGUCUCUCUCUCCGACGCCGCAACAUGGGAAGAAAUAGAGCUCUCAGAAAGCUAUCUUGUCUCGUCCAUGUUUGAGGAGGCCUCAUCCUUGGCCUCUUCUAUUCUGAAGUGCCUUCAUAAAACUGGUUCAUCCAAAUCAAUAGACGAUGCUCAGUUGGAGGACAUGAUGGAAUCAGCUGGUAUGGUAUUAGUCCAGUCCUUGAAAGAAUUAGGAAGGACAUCAGAAAUGAUGGAUGAGCUUAAAGCUUCAUUUGGUUUGGUCACAUCUAUACCUGUUCAAGUUCUUCUUACUGGGGCCUGCUUUAAGAUAUGGGAAGGAUGUUCGUCCGGUCUACGGGAAAUAUUUGAGGAGUUCCUUGGGAAGUGGAAGUAUGUGGAUGGGCAGCCCUAUGUUCUUGAAAAUCUAGGACCGCAUACUUCUGCUUCCGAAGGAUGCAUUGGGUGUUCUGCCUUGGGAAUAGAGAAGUACCUUGAGGUUGUGGAAGUUUAUGCUGUUACACUUCUUGGGACAGUUUUGGGGGAUGCUGACCUUGCUAUUUCUUGGGUGGAGAGAGCUGAAUUGCCAGAAGAAAAACGGCAGGAAAUAUUGAGGAGAUUGCGCUCACUUUGUUCUCUUAAGCACUCAAAAUCAUCACCUAGUCCUGGGCCACCUCAAUCAUCAGAGAGGAGCAGAAGCCAUACUGUUUCUGGCACAGAUUUUACUACAUCCAGAGAUGAAGGAUUUUCAAGAGCUGCUGACACUCAACACCAACCUAAUGGACGCGACACAAAAUCAGCCAUUUUAAAAUCAAAAUAUCCAUCCCUUGAACGUUUUUCUGAGAAGAUACAGCCAUGCUUAUGGUGGUUCCGUACAGUCACUUUGAAGUUUGGCAAUGCUCGACUGGUACUUUCUCAUGGAAGGAUCGUGCUAUGGGGCUCCUUGAUUCUUUUCAUUUACUACAUUCUCCGGAGGAAAGGCGCUACAUUAAAGCAGAUUGCUUCCAAACAAGCUGCAUCUGUGAAGAAAGCUCUCAUCGACACCUGGAAGCUUGCAUUUUCCGUCCAAGUUAACCCUCUAGCAGCCAUUCAACCACUCCCGAGCAGGACUCAUUGAAGCAGGUGAUGCAAUGCCAACGCCAUGUCUUGUUUCUUCACAUAUAAACCACAAACAGUUCCAUAAGCAUAGCCAUACUCCCUGCAUUUUUGUCUAGCAUCUUGAAGAAAAGAAAAUAGCAAAUCCUUGUAAUAAAAAUUACUCACUUCCCUCAAACUGCUGUAAAUAACUUCAGGUCUUUCAAGAAUUGAGUACCUCCAAUGUUUCAAAAUAACCAAAACAAUCGACAUUUCUAAUAACUCCAGCCAAAUAGGCACAAAGUAAUUAUUAUUGGCGAGGAAUUCAACAAUUUAUUGAAACUUCUAAAAUUUCCCUUUUGAUGGAGUGCAGCUUAUGUUAAUUGUCAUUUUAUUGCGCUUUCUCCAACCAUACACUUUUCUGAUUUACAAAAGCUAAAAACAGUGCUUUGCUAAGCCCACAUGUAUACAGGUCAGCUAAUGCACAUAUGCCAGCAUGGCAGAAAGGUGCAAUAGUUAAGCCAUCCAUUGGAAUGGAAUUACUGUAUAUAUAUCCUACACCAAGAGUCAAAUUGUUCCUCUAGUAAUGUGAGCCACAAUUAACUCAACCAAUGGAUGGUUAUGAAAAAAUGAGCCAAACAUUUCUAACCCCUCAACUAAUUUCUAAUAUCAUGGUACACCUAAUGAAUGGACCACCUUUAGCUUUGGGAAGUAACAUCUACAUGGGGAGGUCCGCCUGAUGGAUGGCUUGGAUAUUUCACUUGUUUGCCACGUUGCCAUAUGUGGUGGCAUGUACAUUAGCUGAAUUUCUACGUGCAUGUGGCUGGCAAAGCUCCUACAAACAUCUAUACUAUAUAUAACAUGAGAAGCAAGAGGCAAAAAUAAAAAAAUUAAAAAUAAAAAUAAAAACUUCACGCCGUCAAUUUUUAAGAUUGCUAAAACUAUGUAUCAUUCAAAGACAUAAGAAGGGUAUUGAAGUAAAAAUUAAGGGCAUUUGGGUAAUUAAGAGGUGAAUUUGUGUGCUUUAUUUUUAGAAAGCCACUUUUAAUAGCAUGAUGGUUGAAGAGACGUUGAGAUAUCAUACAUUUGGAAUAUAAGAAACUCAAACUAGAGUAUCCAAAAUGUCAGGGCCACUUUAGAUGGAUCAUAAGCCAAAAACUACACGGAUGUGAUAGUCUAUUCAAUUCAUUUAUGAACAUUUUAGUGGACGGAUGAGGUGAAAGUGUUCAACAGUUGAGAUGGAACUAACAGAUUGGUGAAAGCCUCGGACAAUCCAAGUGCUUAAUCAGCCAUUGCUAAGAUGGAAGCAUUGAUGCUACUUGAAGACUGGUUAAGCCAAUUCAUGACAAUUGGUCUACCAUUCCAUUGACGGCUCUAAAAAGGCGAGGGCAAGGCCCAAGAGGAUGUGGGUGGAGGUAGUAGGGAAAGACUCAAGGACCUCUGGUUUAACUGAGGAUAUGGUCUAUAUGAUAGAGUGGAACUGGAAUAUAUGGAGAUUCUCAAGAGUUGAGGUGUAUAGGCUGACCCAGAGAUGACCCAGCCGUACUGUUGUUUAUGGACGAAACUAGCUUGUAUCCGGCGAUACAAAUCGGUCUAGGAUGAUACUUUAAUCCUUGAUUUAGCUACAUAUGGUUGAAAAGGUAUGUUAGAAUCGACUCUUAUAUGGAAAUCGAAAGAAAUACAUUGAGAGCUUUAAAACAAGAAGAUGGUAGUGGAGCUAUAGCUUAGUUCUAUUAAAUCUCCUUCGUUCGCUCUCUGUUGCUUUGGGAUGAUGAUAAUCUUGUGAUAGGUUUUUCUUUUUAGAUUGUCUAGAGAAAUGUUUGUUUGGCAACUUUCACAUACAAUGGUUUCCUUCCCAGAAGUGUCACUUGUAGUGUCCUGAAACCAUGGCAUAUAUCUAAUCCUUGCAAAAGGUGGACCCCACUGUAAAGAUUACCUGGGGUGGAAACUAGGUGGUUUGCUCAUUAGGCGGGCUGCACCAUCAACAUCUAUGGACAUCCAAUGGUUUUACUCAAUAAAUUAGUGUGUGCCCAUCUAGUGAGCAGAUUUGUCCCAUUUUUGCCCAAGCGAUCUUUACGAUGCGAAGCGCAUUUUGCAUGGGUUGUAUCAUAGUUUGAAAACCCAAAAACUUGAUUUUACUUGAUGCUCAGCUGCACCCGGCUGACUCAAAGACUCAAUACGACUUGAUAUUUAAUAAUUAGAAUUAAAAAAAUACAAGGUAUGCUAAUAGAUGUAAAAAAUAAUUCAAACUAACAUAAAAUAGCAUUAUUAUCAUGUUGGCCAGCGCUCUGGUUAAGAGCAUCUAUUCAUGUGGGUGAUGUGUGUGAUUCCUGCCACUUUCAUUUACUUUUUAUUAUUAAUAACGAUACGACUCACUGAGUGAGAGUUGUGCCGACUGAGUAGUCAAGUCGACUUGACAAGAUUUCCCAAGUUGGGAUUGAUAAGUCAGGUUCAAAAUCUCGCCAAAUCGAGUUGACCCGGUUGAGUCAGCCAGUUUUGGAAUUAUGGGUUGGAUGGUCUACACUGCUGGCCUGAUGAGUCAAUCCUAAACUUCCAAUGAGCCACCUACAGCUGGUGGAAAUGCCACAUUGGUCCACCCUCAAUGGAAAAUGGUUCAAUCUUGGAUGGUGCUGAUCUUCCAACCAGGAAGAUUUUUGGGUAGGGUCCUCUAUUUUGAGGCCCCUCAAACCAAUAGUCCAAAUCACCAACAAAUGGGCCCUACAGGUACAAACUGAGGGUCUCAGAUAGCUCUGCAUUCAGUUCGGAUGCACCCAUUCCAUACUAGUGUGGAUAAUGGCUCGGUGAUCCAGGCCGUUUAUCUGAUGGGCUGCAUAAUGGAUUGGAAACAGUCCAUGAAUUGCCUAGAGUAGAAGAUACUGCUGAUCCAGUCAUUAACCUCUUUCUAAAUUGCUGAUAUAUUAUUAUUUCUCAGCCAUCUACUUUAAGUUCACUGAUACAAGGGUUACAGUCCACUUGGGAGCUUCUAUUUGGAAUGCGUUGGAAUUCCAAUCACAACUGAAGGUGAUUGAGAAUCCUUAGUUGGGUUUGGCAAUCCUUGUUGUUUUGUUUUGCAGCUUGUACUGGGAAUGUACUGGAAUACAAAAAUAGGAACACAUUAAAAUUCUGCAGUAUAUUUAUGAGAAUUUAAAUUUGAUUAUUAAAUUUAUUUUAAUAUUUUAAAUUAA